CUUCUGCCCCCGAGCACCUGUCAUCUUGGUGGGCUGCCAGCUGGACCUGCGCUACGCCGACCUGGAGGCUGUCAACAGGGCCAGGAGACCCUUGGCUAGGCCCAUCAAGCCCAAUGAGAUCCUUCCCCCGGAGAAGGGUCGGGAGGUGGCCAAGGAGCUGGGCAUCCCCUACUACGAGACCAGCGUUGUGGCCCAGUUCGGCAUCAAGGACGUCUUUGACAACGCCAUCCGUGCCGCGCUCAUCUCCCGCCGGCACCUGCAGUUCUGGAAGUCCCACCUCCGCAAUGUGCAGCGGCCUCUGCUGCAGGCACCCUUCCUGCCCCCCAAGCCGCCUCCCCCCAUCAUCGUGGUGCCCGACCCCCCCUCCAGCAGCGAGGAGUGCCCCGCCCACCUCCUGGAGGACCCGCUGUGCGCGGACGUCAUCCUGGUGCUGCAGGAGCGUGUGCGCAUCUUUGCCCACAAGAUCUACCUCUCCACUUCCUCCUCCAAGUUCUACGACCUGUUCCUCAUGGACCUGAGUGAGGGGGAUCUGGGGGGCCCCUCAGGGUCAGGGGGCCCCUGCCCGGAGGACCACCGGGGUCACCCUGAUCAACACCACCACCAUCACCACCACCACCACGGCCGGGACUUCCUGCUUCGGGCAGCCAGCUUUGAUGUGUGCGAGAGCGUGGAGGAGAGCGGGGGCUCCGGGCCCGCGGGGCUCCGGGCUUCAACUAGCGACGGGAUCUUACGGGGCAAUGGGACAGGGUACCUGCCUGGGAGGGGUCGAGUGCUGUCUUCCUGGAGCCGAGCUUUUGUGAGCAUCCAGGAAGAGAUGGCAGAGGACCCACUGACUUAUAAAUCCCGGCUGAUGGUGGUGGUGAAAAUGGACAACUCCAUCCAGCCGGGGCCCUUCCGGGCUGUUCUCAAGUACCUGUACACAGGGGAGCUGGACGAGAACGAGCGGGACCUUAUGCACAUCGCCCACAUCGCUGAGCUGCUCGAGGUCUUUGAUCUGCGCAUGAUGGUGGCCAACAUUCUCAACAACGAGGCCUUCAUGAACCAGGAGAUCACCAAGGCCUUCCACGUCCGCCGGACCAACCGGGUUAAGGAGUGCUUGGCAAAAGGCACCUUCUCAGAUGUGACCUUCAUCCUGGAUGAUGGCACCAUCAGCGCCCACAAGCCCCUGUUGAUUUCCAGCUGUGACUGGAUGGCUGCCAUGUUUGGGGGGCCAUUUGUGGAGAGUUCCACCAGGGAGGUGGUGUUUCCUUACACGAGCAAGAGCUGCAUGAGGGCAGUGCUGGAAUACCUGUACACCGGCAUGUUCACCUCCAGCCCUGACCUGGACGACAUGAAGCUUAUCAUCCUGGCCAACCGCCUCUGCCUGCCACACUUGGUCGCCCUCACAGAGCAAUACACAGUGACCGGGCUGAUGGAAGCAACUCAGAUGAUGGUAGACAUCGAUGGGGACGUCCUUGUGUUCCUGGAACUGGCUCAGUUCCACUGCGCGUAUCAGUUGGCUGACUGGUGUCUCCACCACAUCUGCACCAACUACAACAACGUGUGUCGCAAGUUCCCUCGAGACAUGAAGGCCAUGUCCCCAGAAAACCAGGAGUAUUUUGAGAAGCACCGGUGGCCGCCUGUCUGGUACCUGAAGGAGGAAGAUCACUACCAGCGGGCCCGGAAGGAGCGUGAGAAGGAGGACUACCUCCACCUGAAGCGGCAGCCUAAGCGGCGCUGGCUGUUCUGGAACAGUCCUUCCUCACCGCCCCCUUCAGCCACCUCCUCGCCAUCCCCGUCUUCCUCCUCGGCUGUGGUCUGAGAUGCUGCCACCCUCUUCUGACCCUGCUGCUGUUGUCCCCACUUGUUCUUGCCCCCUGCUCUUCUGCAUCGCCCCCGCCACCUUCCAGGGACAAAGGACUCACAUAACCGGGACCCUACGGGGAGGGGCUGCUCUCACCAGCCAACACAGCUCAGCAGAGAGAGGAAGGAGCCGGGCCUCGUGGAUCGGAACAGGGGCCCAGGCAGAGGUCCCCAUUCCACAGCAGGGCAGGAGACGGCUCCUGGGAGGUGGGGAGCGGGGAAAGAGCUGAGGGCUGUGGCCUCUGGUCUCUGGGUCGGAGAGCCCUAGAAUCAAAAGGAAGCUCCGCCAGCCGGGAGGCCGUGUGGUCUGCAGAGGCAGCCUCCCCGUGAGCGGCCGUGGAAAGGCAGGGUCCUACCUCUGUUGAUCGUGUGUUCGCAUCAGUGGACUUGGAGGGUUGCAAAUUUCCUGUGGGCAUUUGCACGUGGAACCUACUCAAAUCCUCACUGGAGAAGUCAGGGUAGAAAUUAAGCCUUCAGAACCCAACUCAAGGUUUCCACCCCUGGGCUGCAGCUGCCAGAGGCCGCAAGUGGAAGGCUGGCCCUCUGCCAGCAUCCCUCCCAGGGCUGUAGUCAUCCAGGCCUGAGAAGGGCGGCAGAGGCUGCUCAGAGCUGCAGGCCUAGAAGCAGCGCCUCUUGGUGCAAUGAGAAACUUCUUUCUCCCCCCUCCUUCACCGCUCAGAUUUGGAGAUGGAAACCAAAGGAAACAGCUGCAGUAGGGGGAGAGAAGGAAGGGAGUGAUGGGGGCCUGGGUACAGCAAUCCCAUGCUCCUUUGGGCUCCGCCCCCUGCCUCUGGUUAGCACGGCUUCUCAUGGGUAAAUUUAGGGUAAAUUUAGCAAAAAACUCCAAACAACAAUGAACAGAAUCACCACCAACAAAAA